CUUUAGUCCUACUGGAGGUCCCUGCAGUGAUCUCCUGCUACAGCGACAGCAAACAUGGAAAGAAAAAAUGCCUUCUGGAUCGUGAUGCUUCUUCUCCCGGUGCUCCUGGGUGUGGCAGAGACUACGGGCCCUUUGUCAGAUUUAGAAAAUAUUGCCGGGAAGCUGGUUUUCUAUCAGACGGAGGGAAAUGCCACCUAUGUGAGAGACAUGGGAGAUCUGGCGUCAGAUGUUCCCACAGAGACCAUGUUUGAACUCUUCGAUCCCCAGAGGAAUUUCAGCAGAUCUAAAUUCACCUAUACGUGGGAUUUAGGCAAUGGAGAAGUGAUCCAGGGGACAGAGCCGGUUGUCCGCUACCAUUACCCAGAGUCAGGGAACUACACACUGCGGCUGAAAGUGGGAGUCAACGUGACCAAAUACACUCCAGCAAUCACUGGGGUCUACUCCACAGACGUCCAAGUGCUCGAUGCCAUCAAAAACAUUGAGCUGAGGAGCCCUUCAGAUUACGAGGUGGCUCAGGACUCCAGUUUGGCUUUUCACGUUGAUGGAAGUCCUCCUAUGUGGGUGUGCUGGCGCUUCCUGCCCUACUGUGUGCCGGACAUCAUGGGCGGCUGCACACUGACCAUGUUGUAUGAAAACACCCUGAGGCUGAACCACACCUUCACCUCGGCCGGCAUCCACUGCCUGGACAUCAGUGUCCGCAAUGAAAUCAGCAAACUGCAGACCUCCUUCAGUCUCUAUGUCAAGAGGAACAGCAACCCGCACCUCCUCUUCAUGCUGUCAUGUGCUGCCGUACUCAUCGCCACUUUCUCCUUCAUCGCUGUCAUCGCCUGCCGCAAGAGAACACAGCAGAUUCCUGUGUCCAGCAACGCUUUAUACCUGAAGAAUCCAGAGUCAGACGGCCAGAGCACGAUUCUCUUUAAAUUCUCCAACCUGGAGAGAGGAGAGAAGGAGCCGCUCCUCCUGCAGUGUGGGACUCAAUACUUCUCCUAAGCACCACAGUUCCAGAGGCUGCUACAUGCACAUGUAUAUACAUUUGGCAGCAGGAAAUACACACCUAUGCCUUUAUAGAAGCAAUGACCACUUUCCUCUUUACACAUAUCAACAUGGUAUAGGUUUAUAUCCCUACAUCUGUGGAUGACCAGUACACAACACGCUGCGUAAUCUGUGGUUCAGCAAGUCACAUACUGUCUGCAUUGUCCCUUUAAGACAAGGUGAUGUUGAUCAAUUAAUGAGGCACUGAGCUUGAAGGCUGACAUUCACUCAUAAUGAUUUAAUAGCUCAAGUGUAGGUCAUGUUUAAACAAUGAUCAUUCAUUUAAGCAUUCUGUCAAUGCGCCAGACUAUACUCUUUUAUUUAUGUUUUUUUUGUCAUAUUGAUGCUUACAUUUGAGAAUGGCUUUGCUUUGCUUUCAAUAGAAGAAUAAAACAUAUUUACUUUGUA